GGGUGCGGAGACCACCGCCUCAGCGUCUGUCCAGGGUUUUACUCCAACGACAACUGGAUGGUUUCACUGUGGAUUCAUUGUUUUGAUUCAUUUUCCUGCAGCUGGAGUGAACGUUUUACAAAAAUCUGCACUCUUUUAACAACUUUAACCUUUUUUUUUUUUCUGUAGCUCACUUGAGUUACGGUGAAUGAAACCGUGCGUAAAUCCAUCAACAGUGACGCACUCGCCUUUUACGCAGUGUCUGCUCUGUAAAACGUCCUGUCUGUUUACACGCCUAAUUUCCCAGACUGCAUUAGGUCCAACAUUUGCACACGUGUUUCCGUGUUGUGAUGACAGUCAGGUGAGAGCUGAGCUGCUGUUCAGGUGCGUCAACCCUCCCCUGGAUGAGAUGUCACCAUGUCCUUUACGCACCGGCUCACUCUGCUUCUGCUCAGCUUCACUUUUACGCACCAGGUUAAUGGAAAGUUUCCUCACUGCCAGUUUUACUGGGAACUGCAGAAAGCCAAAGGAGAGUGUCAGGCAAUCCUGAAGCUGCAGACGCCGGCUAGUACAGGAUGUCAUGGCGAGUGGGACAACUUCUUGUGCUGGCAGAGUGCGACGGUCGGCGAGGUGAUAACGCUGUCCUGCCCCUCCCCACUGCUGCGUUUGUUUGGAAAAAACGGUAACCUCAGCAGGAACUGCACGGACGGAGGGUGGUCCAAGGUCUAUCCCAUCAUCGACACCGCCUGCAGCUCAAACAUCACAGAUGAACCCAGUCAGCUGAUCUUCUAUGAGGUGGUGUGGAGACUGUCCACUGUGGGCCACAGUUUGUCACUCAUCACGCUGCUGACCAGUACCAUCAUCAUCUGUUUGUUCAGGAGGCUCCACUGUACCAGGAACUACAUCCAUCUGAACUUGUUUGUGUCGUUCAUGCUUCGAGCUGUGGCCGUCCUGACCAAAGACGCCCUGCUCUUCUCCAGUGGUGAAAACACAGACUGCAGCACGCAACCCUCGCUGGUGGGCUGUAAAGCCAGUGUGGUUUUCUUCAACUACUUCGUCAUGGCUAACUUCUUCUGGCUGCUGGUGGAGGGUCUGUACCUGCACACGCUGCUGCUGGUCAUCCACACCUACACCAUCCGCCUGUCCAUCUACAUGCUCAUCGGAUGGGGAAUCCCUUUUGUGUUCAUGGUGGCGUGGAUUAUAUGUAGGAUAAACCUGGAUGACACAUGGUGCUGGGAGAUCAAUGAAGACCCUGUUCCUAACAGACUCAUGAACUGGCCCAUCAUGGCGUCUGUUAUUAUCAACUUCCUGUUUUUCAUCAGUAUCAUCCACAUCCUGGUGCAGAAACUUCGCUGCAGUGAUGUCGGAGGAAAUGAACAAUCACAAUACAGGCGUUUGGCAAAGUCCACCCUCCUGCUGAUCCCUCUGUUUGGGGUGAAUUAUAUGGUGUUUGUUUAUCUGAUGGACCCGGCUGAUCAAACUUUAAAACAGAUCAAAAUCUUCUUCGAACUUGGCCUCGGAUCCUUCCAGGGUCUGAUUGUGGCUGUCCUCUACUGUUUCCUCAACAGCGAGGUCCAGAGUGAGCUGAGGAGGACAUGGAGAAGUUUGUCUCUGAAGCGUUAUGUGGGCCGGGACUACAGGCUGCAUGCCAUGUCCGUCAGCCGAAAUGGCACCGAAAACUCAGCUCAGCUUCCCAGGAACUGCCGAGCCCAGUCCAUCCUGCAGACUGAGACCACUGUGCUCUGACUGGGAGACAGAGGAGCAGAGGUUUUGUGAAGACUUUCAUAACUAGUGCAGAGUGAUCCAUAGUGAGUGACGGGUACGGUGCAAGGUCUAACUCUUCUAUGGACGUAUCGUUCUGUGCUGCAGGGACUGAACCUGUGAAGUAAAUGACCUGCUACCAAACUGCUGUCACCACAUUGAUCUUAAACUCUGUUAACUCAAAACCAGAUGCACAGGAAACAGUAACAAUGAGGAACUGCAACCAGCCAUGAACAAAUAGAGGGUAUGCACUGACAUGACUUUUCCACUGGAAUACACGCCUUCGGUUGGACUGCAACAUGCUUUUAGUUGGAAUAAACUGUGAAAAUGAAGGAUUAUCGGCUUCAGUUAAAGACAGUCGGGCUCAGCAGUGAUUCCUGUAAGUUACCAAAGAUAGAGUGGUCCAUGAACACUGACCUGUGGCCAGGAAGUGGCUUCCCUGACAUUUAUAUGUAUGUAAUACAAUAUGUAACUUAAGAUAUCAUUCUACCCAAAAAUAUAACAUAUCUAACACCAAGUGACACUCUGCAAAAAAGAUCAGUAUUUCAUGCUGAGUGUCUUUCACUUGUUCAGUGUCUCUAUGUGGUUUAUUUGUAUUUUCACAACAUUUAAGCUGAGCUUAUUCGCUUUGGACUGAUAUUUCCAAGAGGCUGUAUGUGAUUUAGAAGUGACCUCCACAUCUAUGUUUUAUGUGAGAUAUUUGUACAGGAUCAAUAAUAUCUGUGUUUUAUCUGAAAUUCAAAUAAUUGACAUUAAUGCUUAUCAUAAGGUUCCGUUUUACAUGUUUCCAUGCAUGUCAACCAUCUCAUUAUCUUUCCAGAUGAGUGAGAAGACUUGGAUUUUAGGUCUCCAGAAGCCUCUCACAAAGGGAAUGAGUUUGACCACAUCAAGACGUCACUUUAAUAAGUGGAUUAUAAUUCACAUUAAAGCUCUAGUGUAUCAAGCACAUAUACAGUAUAAAUGUUUCAUUCUAUUGAAAUAGUUGCAAGCUACAUCAAAUGUUAAUUUUAGUAAAGGUGUAAGGUAAGGUACCGCCCAAGUAAAUAAUUACAGAUCUCUGUAUUUGGACAUUGUUGGAUGUACCCAAGUCAAGAAAACAUGAAACAUAGGCCUCGUUGCUUUUAGAUAUUUAUUGCAGAAAUGCUGCACAAGCCUUAAUUGAAUAACUAAACACCCUAAAGAUCCAGUCUUUUCUGCUCUUCAAACUAUGCAAACGUAAGCUGACCUGAGCCCUGUGUUUAUUUCAUGUUCGAUAUAUCAGGGAACAACCCACCGGGAAAUAAAUACCCUGUGAUCUUUAUAAGUAUGACCCCAUAAAAUGUCAAAAUAUAAUCCCUUGUUACAGAUCACUGUAGCUCAUGUUUAUUUUUAUGUAGUCAGUGCCAAAGUCAGAAUUUGUCCUCUGACAUUUGUUUUUUUUUUUCUAUUUAUCUGCCUUAUAUAUUAAUGUAUCCUGUACUUAGUUCUUGAGGUGGAAAAAGCUAUUUUACACCAUCGUAUCUUGUCAUUUUAAAUUCCUCUAGUUUCACAUAUAUUCAGUGGCCAAACUUUCUGAAUCUAAAUAACAUAAAUUACUAAAUUUAAAGCCAAAAUGGAUCAGUAAAUGGCAAAAUGUGAAUGUCAGGGAUAGAAUAUUAUGUUUCAUCAACCUUUUGUUGUGUGAAAACCUGAAAAUAAGCAGUCCUAACAGCCAAAAAUAAAACACACAUGCCUUGUAUAUAGAUUUACUGUUUUAGAUUUUAUGUCAUGUUUUUUUUUAUACACAGUAAAAUAUAUUCAUGGUUGUUUACUGUAUGUACUUUAAACACUCAAUAUCAGUCAUUUAUGAACAUGUGACUCCACAUAUGUUUCAUGUAUAAAAGCUUUUAUCAUGAUUUCCUACCCUCUUUGUUUUUUUCCUCCGAAAACGUGUGUUUGAUUCAUAAACUAUUUGGAAUUAGCAGAUUUAAUAGAGGACUAGUAUGUUGUUUUACUAUGAUCUAAUUUCCUUGGUCUGAUAUUCUGUGUUAUGUAAUUGCAGAUUAUCAUGUGUCCUAAAAUAAUUAGUAAAUACAAGAAAAUAACCAUCUUAUACCAUACUUGAGUUAAACACAAGGUAACUAUAGCAACAGUACUGAUUAAAGUGACACUUAUGUAAACCAUAAAAUAGGUUUCUUUUCUUUUGCGUUGGUUCUUAUUUUUUUCAUUUUCACUUUUUGUGCUCAA